AUGAGUGAAAGAGCUGGCGCGACGCUUGCCCGGAGCGGCAGCCAGUCAGAAGAGAGCGGCCAAUCCGGAUCGGCUGUGCAAGCGGUCAGGUCGCUGCCAUUUGGCGGCUUCGACGGUUCCUGGGGCGAACUGGAGGCAGGGCAUCUGCACGCCCUCACAGCGGACAAGCCGCCGCCGGCGCCGCGGUAUAGGCGCCAGGGACUGACCAUCGACAGCGCCCCUCCUUCACUGAGCAACGUGCCGAGGCCGGCAGAGAGUUCCUCUUCGUCGCGUGGAACCCGAUCGACCGCCGGUGGCGUCGCUCUUGCUUCAGGCUCGCGGUCCGUCAAUUUGCCAAGUCGUUCCGGUGCCCCGCUCCCACCUCGACCUUCGCGCUCACUGCCUUCUCGACAUGGCAAUCGGGAUACCGCUCUGUCCAUAACGGCUCAAUCUGCGCCUGCCCGUGAUCGUUUUUCCACCAACACGCUGGCGACAGAGCACGCUGCGGCUGCGCCGCCGCCUGUCGCAGAACGCAAUAGAGUUUUGCCCACGCCGCCGCCCCUGACUCGGCCGCAGGACGAGAGUGCCGCUGCGGCAGGCGCUCCUAACCCUGGCGACAAAGCAGCAGCUGCCCCUGCCAAGAACACUGGUGACGUCAGCAAAGCUCCGGCUGGACGCGAGCCUGCCAAUCCAGUCCGGGUUAUUCUAAGGAGGUCGUCGCGAACACGCGGUCUUGCCAGACCAAAGCCCACCAGCGAAAGCGUGAACUUGUCGGACGAGGAAGACUCCGACCUGGACGCUGCUCCUGUCGAGGACCCGCGGUAUCCUGGUCUGCCGGCUAUGUUACCACCCGGCGCAGCGCACCAGGUGUCCAUCGGCCCCUCCGAGAUGGAAACGUUGCAAGCGGGCCGCUGGCUGUGCACCCAAAUCAUCGACUUCUACGCAUUAUAUCUUCAGGGGACCAUGCAGCACGACCUGUCUGGAGUAGUCUUCGCCCACCUCUUCGACAAGCUCCACCGCCUCCUCCGUAGCGCGUCCCUCUCCUCGAAAGAAAGACUGGAGCAGGACCUGAAGAAGACCCUCAAGAACUGUGGCAUCCAGACCGUAGAGCUGCUGCUCCAGUGCCGCUUCCUCUUUCUGCCCGUCUUCUUCAGGAGCCACUUCAGCCUGGCCGUGAUUGUCUCCCCCGGAGGCGAUGAUGGCCACGUUCUUCACCUGGACUCGAUGCCGGGCCUGCACGGCGACCACGUCCAAAACGUCGUCCGGCGGUGCGCAAAUCUCUCCUGA